AUGGAGCGGGAGCCCCGCGCCAGGGUUGCACUGGUGUCCGAGCGGUGCGGCCGCGGGCCUUUCUCCCGCCACCGCCGCCCGGGGCUGCUGCUCCCCGGCCUCUGGCUGCUGCUGCUCGCCGGGCCGGCCUCGUGCGCCCCAGAUGAACUCUCCCUGGAACACCACAGCCAUCCUUUACACCCCUCAGAGUUCCUGCCAGAGACAAGCAUUAUGCACAGUGCUGCACAAGUGGCCUUAUCAGAGACUGUUCCCGGGUCCCAGCCAAGCAUCUCUGUCCUUGUCCUCUCCUCUCCAUCUGCUACUGCUUUUGAUACAGCCCUUUUAAGCCAGAGACAACAGACUCAAAGUACAGCGGAACACAGCGUCUUUGAGGCAAAUUACGGGUCUGUGACGAGUAAUGAGGUGGCCCUUGAUGAGGAGGAGAUGGAUAACUUUUUGCCAGACGCUCAAUGGACCUCUUCACGGGUGGUCUCCCCAGUGCAGUAUAACACACCGAGCCCACCGGAGCCAUCCCAGGAAAUGCUGGAGCCUGGCACGACCCCAUCACUACCCACCAUUUCUUUGCAGGAUGAAAUGCAGUCCGGAUGUCAGAACACAGCGCAACAGGCAACUGUAUAUGUGGAGCCGUCCACAUAUUUCGGCACUUCUUGGUCAGCUUUUCUCACGUCUACGGGCAUCAUUCCAACUCCUACUAGGAAUUCGGUGCUUCAUCCUACGGAAAUUCACAGCCAGUUAUCAAGCAAGGCUUUGCCAGAGACGAUCGCUUCUGUAACAGAGGACACAGAAAACCUCUUUUCCAGCUCCUGGAUUUCAGUGUCUCAGCCAUCAGUUGAUGGCAUGACUCAUCAGCCAUCUGUUCUCCUGUGGGAGGUCUCACAGCCUCUAGUGGGUGUCCUGGCCACAAGCACAGACAGAUACCCUAAUGAGACCACUGCUUGGAGUGAACAUCUAGAGGAAGCCAUCGCUCUCAGAGCACACCCCAGCGUAACCACGUCACCCACAGACCCUGCUUUUAGUAGUCUGACUUCUGCUUUAUUUUCAAGCCUGCUUUCAUCUGUGUCCUUUGCUACCCAGUUACGUGGUGAUCCAGAUAACUCCUCCCUCUCGAGUGCGGCCAGGGAAUCAUGGUACAGCUCCACGGUCCCCCGUUUUACUGACCAUCCUCAUGUCCUGAGCCCCGAGGCUUCCCUGAGACCACACACGAGGUGUGUGUCUUGUAUUGCCUCAUCAUCUCAGCAAGAACUGGUCAGGAGCCUCACAGAGAAGGAGAUGGGAUCAGGGGACAGGCUGGAGACUUUGUCUACUGCCUCAGUAGAGGCAACCCAUCUUUCUCCAUUGAGCAGCGUGGGCACGGACCUCUCUGAGCUUGAAGAUCCUCAAGAAUUUAAUACGCUUUUCCCUUCCAGACCUGUGGUUUCCUUUUCUUCCAGAUCUGUGGGGCUGUGGAAAGCCAGCACGGAUGUGUCACCUGAGGUGGAUGUGAGUGGCAUUGCCACGACACAGGUGUACCCUUCCCACGGCCGCCUCUCCACACCCAACUCACUUGAUUCGAUUUUUGGCUUCUCUGUCACCAAUGAUCUAGUGAUGUCAUCCAGUGUGACCCAUCUGUUAUCCUCUGUCAUCCCCAGCACCUAUUUUGACUCAUCUUUCUCCUUGACUGCAAAUCAGAACACUCCAUCCCUUCCAGCUGGAAACCCAAGCCUUCUUACCUCUUACAGUCUGGUCCCCUCAGCACAGUCUAACGUUUUCUCUGACCCAGCACCUACCAGCUCUCUGGAACUCGAGUCUGGAAGUCUUUUGGAUUUCACAUCCAGCUUUUACUCAACUCCGGCCCUGGACUUGAGCACUCCGGCUCUUUCACGGUCAGGCGCUCUUGCUUUUCCAUCUUUGUUGUCAAGCGACCCACCAACCUUCUUUUCUCAAACUUUUUCCACCGUGGCUGAGACAUUAUCAUUGUCCAACUCUAUGAAUUUGCAAUCACCUCAGUUCUCUGUUCUUAAUCCCACCAAUCUAGAGCCGUCUCAGCCAUGGUCAAGUGCAGACCUUCUCCUGAACACAAUCGCUGUCCUUCCUAGUCAUCCCGAGAUGCCCCCACCUUCAAGCUCCCCCGCUGAAUCUCUCAAGUCCGCCGAAGCAUCGAGAGUUUCACUGAGAGAAUCCAAUGUUCAUCUUACCUCAUCUUUCUCUGAAACUACCUCUGCCUUUGAAUUUUCACACAUUCCUCAUGAACCCACAGUCAGCACACAGGUGCCCUCCAGCUUGGAGCCCACCCUGGGCAUCUCCACAGCUGGGACUCAUGGGACAUCACUGCCAACUGUUUUCCAUUUGACACCCAUUUUAACUGAGUCAUCUCCAUUCUUGACUCUGACACCGGCCGAUGGCAGUGUGCAUGUGACAGACCAUCACACACCAGUCUUAGCUACAUCCUCCAGUGUCAUUCCAACCAGCACAGAAUCGAUCUCUGACCCGUACCUGUCAGCUUCCUCACCACUUGUUUCUGAAGUAAGCCCUUCACCUCCGCCCACAAAGCCAGUCAUGGGCUCAUCAUUGACACCCACAGAUUUACCACCCAGUACUUCCCCAGAACCAAGUACAUCCCCAGAACCAAUCGUGCCCAACACCAGCACAGCCCCUGGUGAUACUGUGGACUCUGCUCUGAACAGCGAGCCUAUGAGUCAGAACCCUCAGGGGAACAGUGCACCCCCUUCCCAACCCUCCCUCGGUCCUGUCACCACCUCCACGCUUGAAGCCACAGUUGGUACACCAGCACUGGCCACAGCCAAGCCGCCAUAUGUGUGUGAUAUUACAGUUCCCGAUGUCUAUUUGAUCACAACUGUGCUGGCCAGACGAGCCGUGCAGGAGUACAUCAUUACAUCAAUUAAAGAAGUGCUGAGAAUUCACUUCAACCGCGCAGUGGAGCUAAAGGUCUAUGAACUGUUCACAGACUUCACAUUUCUGGUAACAUCUGGUCCUUUUGUUUACACGGCGAUAUCAGUCAUUAACGUUCUCAUCAACAGCAAACUUGUGCGUGACCAAACUCCUUUAAUCUUGUCUGUGAGACCGUCUUUCCUCGUGCCAGAUCCUAGGUUUCAAGUUCAAACAGUGCUUCAGUUUGUGCCUCCGAGUGUGGAUACUGGCUUCUGCAACUUCACUCAGAGCAUUGAGAAAGGCCUGGUGACAGCUCUCUUUGAAGUGAGGAAACACCAGGGGACAUAUAACCUCACAGUACAGAUUGUGAAUGUCACCAUUGCUUCUUCGAGGGUGGCUCCCCGGAGGGGCCCAGUGAAUAUUAUCUUUGCUGUUAAAGGCUCGCAAGGUUUUCUGAAUGGGUCGGAGGUGAGCGAUCUACUGAGGAACCUGACGGUGGUGGAGUUCAGCUUCUACCUGGGGUACCCGGUGCUGCAGAUAGCUGAGCCCUUCCAGUACCCACAGCUCAACUUAUCUCAGUUACUGAAGUCCUCUUGGGUCAGAACAGUCCUCCUGGGUGUAGUGGAGAAGCAGCUCCACAAUGAAGUGUUUCCAGCCGAGAUGGAGCGGAAACUGGCCCAGCUGCUCAGUGAGGUGCCCACCAGAAGACGCAUGUGGCGGAGGGCCACCGUAGCUGCUGGGAACAGCGUGGUACAGGUGGUGAACGUGUCCAGGCUGGAGGGAGACGACAAUCCGGUACAGCUCAUCUAUUUUGUGGAGAAUCAAGAUGGCGAGAGACUCAGUGCAGUCAGGUCUGCAGAUCUGAUCAACAAGGUAGACCUCCAGAGGGCAGCCAUCAUCCUGGGGUACCGGAUUCAAGGCGCCAUUGCCCAGCCCGUGGACAGGGUGAAGAGGCCAUCCCCGGAGUCACAGAGCAGCAACCUAUGGGUCGUAGUUGGCGUGGUCAUUCCCGUGUUGGUGGUCACUGUAAUUGUUGUCAUCCUCUACUGGAAGCUGUGCCGCACGGACAAGCUAGACUUCCAGCCUGACACGGUGGCCAACAUACAGCAGCGGCAGAAGUUGCAGAUCCCCAGCGUGAAAGGCUUCGAUUUUGCUAAGCAGCAUCUGGGUCAACACAAUAAAGACGACAUACUGAUUAUUCAUGAGCCAGCACCACUGCCAGGACCUGUGAAGGACCACACCACACCCUCUGAAAAUGGAGAUGUGCCGAGCCCAAAGUCAAAGAUCCCUUCCAAGAACAUCCGACACAGAGGGAGAGUUUCCCCUUCAGAUGCCGACUCCACCGUCAGCGAGGAGUCCAGCGAGAGGGAUGCGGGAGAGAAGACGCAGGCUACCGCCCCUGAGAACAAGGCCCACAGAGCUCCUCAGAGCGGCGGCCCCCUGCCCAGUUCAGGCAAUGAGCAGCAUUCCUCAGCCUCCAUCUUCGAGCACGUGGACAGGAUUUCCCGAACCUCGGAGGCCAGCCGGCGGGUCCCCAGUAAGAUCCAGCUUAUUGCCAUGCAGCCUAUCCCAGCUCCGCCAGUGCAGCACCCUGUCCCAGCCGACCGAGUGGCAGAGACCAACAAAAUCAACAAGGAGAUCCAGUCGGCGCUGCGCCACAAGUCGGAGAUAGAGCAUCACCGCAACAAGAUUCGCCUGCGUGCCAAACGCCGAGGCCACUACGAGUUCCCGGUGGUGGAUGACCUGUCUUCCGGUGACACCAAGGAGCGACACCGAGUAUACCGCCGGGCACAGAUGCAGAUUGACAAGAUCCUGGACCCUGCAGCCAGUGUGCCCUCUGUGUUCAUAGAGCCCAGGAAGAGUUCACGGAUGAAACGUUCUCCUAAGCCACGCCGGAAACACCAGGUCAAUGGCUGUCCUGCUGAUGCAGAGAAGGACAGACUCAUCACCACAGACAGUGACGGCACAUACAAGCGACCCCCGGGUGUGCACAACUCUGCCUACAUUGGAUGCCCAUCUGAUCCUGACCUCCCAGCCGAUGUCCAGACGCCCUCCUCUACAGAGCUGGGCAGGUAUCCCGGCCUGCCCUUCUCAGCCUCUCAGUACAUCCCACCUCAGCCAUCCAUCGAGGAGGCACGCCAGACCAUGCACUCCCUCCUGGAUGACGCCUUCGCCCUUGUGGCUCCCAGCAGCCAGCCCACCAAUGCUGUGGGAGCAGGUUCUGGGGUGCCUGCCAGCCUGCCUGUGAAUAGCACCCCUUCCAGGGAUGAAAGGCGAGCCACGCAGUGGGGGUCCUUCUACAGUCCAGCUCAGACGGCCAACAACCCGUGCAGCAGAUAUGAAGACUAUGGGAUGACUCCCCCAUCGGGCCCAUUGCCAAGCAGACCUAGCUUUGGCCCAGGGUUGCUGCCGUCUUCAGAGUUGGUCCCCCCUGAACUCCCACAACCACAGUCAUCAACUGAUGCUCCGUAUGCUGCCCGAGGGAUCUACUCAGAAGAGAUGCCGUCAGUGGCCCGGCCUCGGCCUGUUGGGGGCACCACAGGCUCCCAGAUCCAGCAUCUGACACAGGUGGGAAUUGCAAGCAGAAUUGGGGCCCAACCAGUAGAAAUUCCUGCCGGCAGAGGCAGCCAGUAUGGGGGACCAGGCUGGACUGUAUACGGGGAGGAGGAAGCAGGACGAAGAGAAGCCACCCACAUGCUCGGACAUCAAGAGUAUUCUUCUCCACCGCUGUUUCAGGUGCCAAGGACUUCGGGCAGAGAGCCCUCAGCCCCUCCCGGGAACCUCGCCCACCGAGGGCUGCAGGGCCCUGGGCUGGGUUACCCCACCAGCUCCACAGAGGACCUCCAGCCCGGCCACUCCUCCGCCUCCCUCAUCAAAGCGAUCCGAGAGGAGCUCCUGCGGCUCUCUCAGAAACAGGGCUCAGUACAGAACUUCCACAGCUGA